CUCACAGCCACGCGGUAAAAUUUGUAUUUUUUACUCACUCUUUGUGACUUUUUCUUCAAUCUACGUCACCUUAAACCCCUCUAAUGCUCACAUUGUCGCUGCGCCGGCUGCUCGGUGGACGCGGCAAGCAGUUCCUGGCCCUCUCUCUCCUGACUCUGACCCUCCUGACCCUCCUCUACCGUAGCCGCGUAACAAAGCCACAGCAUGAAUGGGACCCGCACACGUUCCCGAGCGCCGAGCACCAAACGCUAGUGCGGCAGCGGCACAGUCGCCCGCCGGUAUUCGGCGACCACCCAGCACCCGACUGGUCCGCCACAGCCGCCCAGCAGCUGGAGCUCAACCAGGUGAUACAAAGCGCGCUGCGCACAGGCCACCCAACCGACGACAGCAUGUUGUGGGUGUCGCGGCGGAACAGCGUGGUCAGCGCGGCAAAGAAUGCCUGGGAUGCCUAUGUCCGCGAUGCCUUUGGCAGCGACGAGUAUCACCCAAUGUCGCAUAAGGGCAGCAACAUGACGGUGGGCGGCUUCGGAUACCAUAUCGCGGAUACCCUGGACACGCUGCUUUUAAUGGGCUUGAAGGACGAGUACAAGCGCGGGCGCGACUUUUUGGUAAACAACAUCAGCUUCAACCAGUCCGGCGCUGUGUCGCUGUUUGAAACCACGAUUCGCGUCCUUGGCGGGCUCCUGUCGGCCUACCACCAUUCAGGUGAAAACGACGCGCAGCUGCUGGAAAUGGCCAGAGACCUGGGAGAGAGGCUGGCGAGAUCAUUCGCCACCGACACGGGCAUCCCGCCUGAAACCGCGUUCCUGCAGCAGGUAGGUAAGCCGCACGCAGGUCUGUCGAGCACGGCCGAAGUAGCCACUCUGCAGCUCGAGUACCGCUAUCUGGCCAAGCUCACCAACAGCAUGGACAAGUUCCGGGCGCCGGUCGACCGCAUCAUGUCUGUCAUCUUCAAGGCGCCCAAGUACGACCACCUUGUGCCAAUCUACAUCAACGGCGUCACUGGGAACUUUACUGGCGACGACAUCCGCCUUGGCUCACGCGGCGACAGCUACUACGAAUACCUGCUGAAGCAGCACCUGCAGACCCGCCAGACCGAGAACGAGUUCAGACGCGAGUACGACAGCGCGAUCGAGGGCGUGAAAAAGUACCUGGUCGACACGACUCCCAACCAGAAGCUGACGUUCAUUGGCGAACUGACCAACCUCAAGCACGGCCCGCUGUUCAGCCCCAAGAUGGACCACCUCGUGUGUUUCAUGGGCGGCAACCUUGCACUGGGCGCUACGAGCGGCCAUUCGCUUGCUAAUCUGCCGCCGCAGUCCCUCAGUGCGCGCGACCGCGAGGAUCUGAUCCUGGCCCGCGAGCUGACAGAGACCUGCGCCCACAUGUAUUUCGACACCCAGUCAGGGCUAGCCCCCGAAAUUGCCUACUUCAGAUGGACUGACCGCCGUACCAACAAGGAAAAGGCGUUCGACAAGGACGACCAGCUGACACUGCCCGAUGGCGAUAUCCUGGUGCACGCACCGGACCGUCACAAUUUGCUUCGGCCAGAGACGGUCGAGUCGCUGUUUAUCCUGUGGCGGAUCACAAGGGAGCAAAAGUGGCGAGACUAUGGUUGGCGCAUCUUCCUGGCCUUCGAAAAGUGGGCAAAGUACAAGGAGGGCGGGUACACGUCCUUGCACGAUGUCACAGUGGUUCCGCCACCGCGCGAAGACAAGAUGGAGACGUUCUUCAUGUCGGAGACACUAAAGUAUCUGUACUUGCUUUUCAGCGACGACUCGGUGGUCCCACUGACUCACUACGUGUUCAACACCGAGGCGCACCCGCUACCCGUCUUUACAUGGUAAUUUAUAAAGCCUAGUAAAACACCACAUAUAUCA